UCAUCCCCGCCUGUUCGCCCCCCAUCCCUCCCUCCUCUCCACCAUCAUUAGUAAAUACCGUUCCGUAAUGGAGGGUCUUCUACACAGCCACACAGGCGCACCCGCACCCGCAUUUAUACACUUGGGAGCACUUACGAAUGCACGCAUACAUCCGUACGCUUUCAUUCCUUUUCUCUCCUUUUCUCUCCUUUUUUUUCCUUUUUUCUUUUCUUUUCGACACCACUCCGGUUCCUCCCUCCCCCCCAAACCCUCAACCUUGCCUGCCAUCCCUCAGCAGGUCGGUAGAUACCCUGCGGCAGCGCCAGCCACGGGAGCUGCCAGGCGUCUCUGGGCGGACGAGAAGGGAGAGAGUGCUGUGCGGCUGUGUGGACGAGUCAGAGCAGAAAAAAAAUCUGAAAACGAAAAAGAAAAAACAGGAAGAAAAUGAUGAAGAGGAUUGGAUCGAUACCUGGGACAGGCCGCCGGCGUCGUCUUUGUCACGCCCGCCCUCUCGCGCCAACCACGUACGUGCAUACCGCACAUACCAUACAAUACGUACGCCAAGUUUUCCUCCACCAUCUGGUGGGUAUUUAUAAUAGUUCGUACGAUUCGCGCGUGGAAUAUUCGCGCAUGUGAUAUGCCUCUCGUCCUAUAUCCAUAUGUGUGCCUACGCAUAUAAACAUGGACCCCCUUUGACGCCCCUCCC